AUGGUACUUGUACGAAAACGUCGUGGUGGUCGUCGACAUAAAAAACUUAAAGCAAUUGAUCCAUUUUAUUCCGGUCCUCGAAAACUUCUUGUUGACAAAAAAUUAGUUGGUGCAAAUCAAGCACCAAAAAAAGGUGAAAAGAUCGAUAAUAAAGUCACUCAUCGUUUUCAAGAAUUUCUUGAAAAUAAAAAACAUGCUGAAGAAGUUCGAAAAGCAUCAAAGAAGAAAAAUAAAAAUAAAUUUAAACAAGAACCAACUGUAGAUCCUGAAUAUCCUGAACUUGAUCAAAAACCAAAUGAAACUGAUAGAAAUUAUAUACAACGAUUAGAUCAUGAAGCAAAAUUUGCAUUAAAUCGUGCUCGAUAUGAAUCAAAAUAUGAUGUUAAAUUAGUAAAUACAGUAAAAGGUGAUCAUCAUCAAUUCGAAGUUAAAAAAGAAAAAAGUCAACGAUCAGAAAAAAGAUUAAAACGAUUACAAGGAAAAAAAGAUGAUUAUAAAUUAAAGAAAGAAGAAAAGAAACUAAAAAAUGAUGAUUUUAAUAUAUUUCAAGAUAAACCAAAAUUUGGUGAAAUAGUUCAUGAACCUCCAACAUUAACAUUUUCAAAACGUUCUCGAAUUGAUACAUCUAAAGUAAAAUUAGCAUUUUGUUGA